AUGCCUGCGGUAUCUUCUCUUGCUGAGAAACUCCCCAUUGUCUGCCACCUUAUAUUCCCAGUCACUCACCACCACCGUCCCUGCAUCUCUGUCUUUCUCACCAGAUGCUUCCUGACCGGUCUGUCAACCCCCGCCGUGGCCAUCGCUUGCGCCACGCUCCUGUGCACUACAGCCCACCACCUUUCAUGCGGACAAGACGCACCACUGCACGGAGGCAACAAACAGCUGCAACUGAACCGAAACUUGGAACGACGACCAUUUCGGAUCCGUUUCGGAGAGGCGAGAGUUGCGGUCAUCAAAGAGAAUUCGGAUGUUGACGAUGAAGUUCUGGUGGUCUCACGUGCAACCAAAGGUGAAGGGUCUGAGGGUGAUGAUAAGAUUGGAGUGGGUGGUGGUGGUUUGACAAGACCUGACCUUUUCCCUGACAUGGGAUCAUAUCUACGUCUGGCACGUCCGACAGCUUUCUGA